CCGGCCCUGCGCACAGCGGCGGACUCAUCGGGCAGCGCGCACGGAGAGCUAUGGCGCGGUCCCGCGGCGAUGUCUACUUCUUCUUCCUCCUCCUCCUCCUCCUCCUCCUCCUCUGCAGCUCCGCGGCGGCCGGACCUACGUUCCUUGUGGCAGCUCCCUGGAACAUCAGGCCUGGAGCAAACUUGACAGUGGGGGUAGCUCUGCUGCCAGACAGCCCAGCACAGGUCACCGUAAAGGGAGAAGUGAUCAGAGAUAACGAGACCAUCUUGAGCCGGGAAAUGGUCUUUGAGAAAGAUACCUUUGGGACUCUUGUUCUUCCAGUACUGCCUCUGAACAGUGCUUCUGGGAAUUAUGAAUUACUGGUGGAGGGCCGUGCUGAUGGCCGGCUCAUCUUCUCUAACCGUACCAGCCUGAUGUACGUGUCAAAGAGCACCUCUGUAUUCAUCCAGACUGAUAAAGCCAUGUAUAAACCAGGACAAGAUGUGCUCUUCCGGAUUGUCACUGUCUAUCCUGAUCUUAAACCUUACAAAGUGUCUCUGAAUAUCUAUAUCCGAGAUCCUCGGAAGAAGUUGAUUCAGCAGUGGUUGAUGGAGGAGGGUGAUUUGGGUGUAGUUUCCAAAAAAUUUCAGUUAUCAAUGAACCCUCCACUAGGAGACUGGUCCAUAGAGGUGGAAGUGAACGGUCAAGUUCAUUAUCAAAGAUUUCAAGUGAUGGAAUAUGUUUUACCAAAAUUUGAUGUCAUGAUAACAACACCCUUAUACUACGCUUUGAGAGAUGAAGAUGUAACUGGUGUUGUCUCUGCAAAGUACACAUAUGGAAAGCCAGUAAAGGGAACUGUAACAAUCACUUGCCUUUCUGUUUCUUACUGGACAAACAAGAGAAAUAUAACAACAACAAUGGAGAUAAAUGGAUCUGUGAAUGUGACCUGUAACAAACUAAUGUUGCAAAACUUGAAUGCUGAGCAAUCGUGGCACCACGGUGACAGCGAUUACACAGAGCCGAUAGAAAUGAUUGCGGUGGUGACUGAGUCACUCACAGGUGUCUCCCAAAAUUCAAGUACCAUCAUAUUUCCAAAGCAAAGUGACUAUUUUAUUGAAUUUCUGGACUACUCUAGAGUUAUAAAGCCAUCUCUGAACUUCAUAGCUACUCUAAAGGUGUCUCGUUCUGAUAGCAACCAGCUGACAGCUGAAGAGAGGCAGAAUCUUGUAACAAUCACUGCACAACAGUCAGACCUGCUUUUCCAUCACUCUUCAUUUUCUCACAUGGAAAAUGAGGCAACAGACGAGCGAAAUCUGACAGUUCAUGUCCUGAACUACACAGUUCCAGAAAAUGGAGUAAUUGAUGUUGAAUUUCCAAUCCUGUCUGAUACAAAAACUCUGAGAGUUCAGGCAGAGUUCCUCAGCAGUAAGACCGACAUAGGUGUUUAUGAUGUGUUCAGCUCCCCCAGUCAGACUUAUCUCCAGGUUAAAACAAGGAGCCAGGAUAUAAAGGCUGGGAAGCCUUUUGAGCUGAGCAUUGCAAGCAACAAGCCAGUGAGAGAGUAUCACUAUCUGGUAUUAUCUAAGGAAGAAAUUAUGGCUUUUGGCACAAAGUCUACAAAAACAUUCACUUUAACAGCAGAAAAUUCCUGGGCUCCUUUGAUAUCUAUACUUGUAUUCUAUGUAGAUGAGCUUGGAGUGGUUGUAAAUGAUGCUCUCACUGUCCCCAUCCAGCCUGCCUUGGAUGACAAGAUUAAAAUCUCUUGGAGCAAAGAUAAGGCCAAGCCAUCUGAGAAAGUCUCCCUUAAAAUCAGUACAACAGAGCCAGGAUCAGUAAUUGGAGUCUCAGUUGUUGAUAAAAGUGCAAAGCUUCUGGGAGAAAGUAGUGACAUAACAGAAGAAUCUGUCCUCCAUGAGCUCAAUUUAUACAGUGCAGUGCAGUAUUUCCCCCUGGUCAGAGGUUCUUUUGGUGUAUUUCAGAAAUGCAGCCUUUGGGUAUCAACUGAUGCUGUUCUUGAGGAGGAUAAGGAACAUUUUCUUUAUGAUGGAAUGAUACCUAUAGAGGAUGGUUUCGGUGAUGAUAUGUCGAUAUCUAAAAAUGGACCUCCUGAUUUCAGCAAUCUCUAUGUGAGGACACAUUUUCCAGAGACUUGGCUUUGGAUCGACACUAAAAUGAGGUCUGACACAGAAACCACAAUGGAUGCCAUUGUACCUGAUACCAUCACAUCCUGGGUAGCCAGUGCUUUUGUGAUCUCUGAAAACGGCGGGCUUGGAGUGACGACUGCUCCGGUGGAGCUAGAAGUUUUUCAGCCUUUUUUUGUUUUCCUGAACCUUCCAUACUCCAUCAUCAGAGGAGAGCAGUUCAUUUUGGAAGUGAACAUCUUUAAUUAUUUGAAAGAAGAAGCUGAGGUUACUGUGAUCCUGGAUAUGAAUGAUGCUUUUGAAGUUAUUCUAACAUCCAAUGAAAUAAAUGCUACAGCAAAUCAACAGUCUAUAUCUGUACCAAGUGAAGAUGGGAAAACUGUUCAAUUCCCAAUCAAACCAAAACAGCUGGGAGAGAUUCCCAUCAAAGUGACAGCAAUAUCAUCUGCUGCUUCUGAUGCUGUUAUCCAGAAAGUUUUAGUAAAGGCUGAAGGAUUGGAACAGACAUAUUCUCAGACAGUCCUUUUAGAUUUGACUGGGAAUAAACGACAAGCAGUGUCAAAAACUUUGGAAUUCGCUUUUCCUUCUGAUGUUGUAAGUGGCAGUGAGAGAGUGCAGGUCACUGCUGUUGGUGAUUUACUUGGGCCUUCUAUCAACGGUUUGUCAUCAUUGAUUAAGAUGCCUUAUGGCUGUGGUGAACAGAAUAUGAUCAAUUUUGCUCCGAAUGUUUAUGUUUUGCAAUACUUGAUUAAAAGCAGGCAGCUGAGAGAGGAUAUUAGAUCAAGAGCGGUAUCGUUUAUGAGAAAAGGCUACCAAAGAGAGCUGCUUUUCCAGAGGGAUGAUGGCUCUUUUAGUGCCUUUGGAAAUGAAGAUCCCUCUGGGAGCACAUGGUUAUCAGCUUUUGUAUUGAGGUGUUUCCUCCAAGCUCGUCCAUUCAUAGAUAUUGAUGAAGAUGUACUCAUGGAUACAGCUAAAUGGAUUGUCCGUCAUCAGAAAUUAAAUGGAGAAUUCCAGGAGCCUGGGAAAGUGUUAAACAGUCAUCUUCAAGGAGGCACCAAUAACCCAAUUGCUCUCACAGCUUACAUCAUGUCAUCCCUCCUGGGGUUCCCAGAUAAACAGCAUGCUUAUGCCAUCAAGACUGCUACAAAUUUUCUAGAAGAUAAAUUAGAAGAAGGCAUUUCAGAUAAUUACACAUUGGCACUUGUGACAUAUGCAUUGUCCUGGGCAAAAAGUACAAGAGCAAAGGAAGCACUGAAUAUGUUGAACCAGAGAGCAGAACGCCAAGGAGAAUUUCGUUUCUGGGUAACACCUGCUUCUGAAAUUUCUGACUCAUGGCAGCCACGGUCCAUUGAUAUUGAACUUGCAGCAUACGCUCUUCUCUCUCACUUUCAUCAAGACAGAUUGGCUGAGGGGAUCCCUAUUAUGAAAUGGUUAAGUCAUCAAAGAAAUCACCUUGGGGGAUUUUCAUCUACUCAGGACACAGUGGUGGCUCUACAAGCAUUGAGUCUGUUUGCAGCUCUCACUGCAGCAAGCAAAACAGAAAUGGAUGUAACAGUGACAACCCCUUCUUUGGAAAUGCCAGAAACAUUCUCAAUUGAUACUCAAAACCGUUUCCUGCUUCAGACUAAGGAGAUUCCCCCUGCACAGCAAAUGACAAUUACAGUGUCAGCGGAGGGAAUGGGAUUUGCUGUCUUUCAGCUCAAUGUUAUGUACAACACAAAACACACCGAUCAGAGGCUCAGAUCUGUCCAAAAUCAAGAAGCCUUUGACUUGAAUGUCGAUGUAAAAGAUGAUAAAGACGAUAAAAACCACUUGACUUUGAAUGUGUGCACAAGGUACUUUGGUUCUGGCACAGCUCCCAGUAGUGGUAUGGUCCUCAUGGAGGUUGGCUUACUCAGCGGUUUCUCUGUGUCACCAGAUUUUGUUCCAUUAGACAAUACAGUUAAGAAGAUGGAAAAAGACAAUGGAAAAGUCAACCUAUACUUAGACUCUCUUAAUGGAACACAGGUUUGUGUGGAUAUUCCAGCUACGAGAGACUUCAAGGUGGCAAAUAUCCAAGAUGCUUCAGUGACUGUAGUGGAUUACUAUGAACCUAGGAGAAGAGCGGUGAGAAGCUAUAACUCAGAAGUAAUGCAAAGUGUAACCUCUUGUGACUUCUGUGAAAGUGAUUGCAACCUUUGCCUCCGAGACGGUUCUGCAGCCUUGCUUCAGCACUCUUCAUUGGCCUCCUUGUUCUGUGUGCUCUUUGUCAUCUGUGUAAACUUGCUGUGCAGUUGGGUGCUGUAAAAGAUUAUGUUUCACAUCUAAGGUUUCCAUAAAUUAUCCAAAGAAAAUUUUAUGUUCAGAUACCAGCCCAUCUUUAGUGAUUACCAUGACCAAACUCCUGCUGUGUUCAGGGAGAACUGGGCUGGCCCAUAUGGUAAAUUUUCUGGCUGUGCCAGAAAACUUCUACAAGUGUCUGCUGGAAAAGCUUUCCAAGUGUUAGUUUCAUACUGGAUUUAUAUUCUGAAGAAGCACAGAGUUACUGACAAAGCAGUAUGAUGAAAAGUAAACUUAGUUCCAUAUUCCCACUUUGUUAUUACCCCAGCUUCCAACUGUGCUUUUUUUUUUAGAAAUGCAUGUUGUUUUACCGUGCUUUUCCAAAACACUAUGCUUCUCAAUUUGGGAGUUGAUGGGCAAUGAUAGGAGCUUGGUAUCAGAGCUCACUUUGUUCUGUUCUGAAGAUGAGACACUCCACAUUAAUACUGAAUUUCUCUGUGUGCUCUCAUGGGGAAUACUAUGAAAAAAAAAAAAAGAAGGAGCUGGCUUCAGAGCAGAUCCAAGAGCCAAAAAGUACUGCAUUUACAAACUGCUGAAUGCUCCAGAAAGCUGUCAGUCUGCUUUUUUUUUAAUCUUUUCAGAGAAGGUAGGCAGACUUUUUUGUCAAUUCAUAAGCUAAUCAUGCUUGAAAAUAAGGCCUCAGGAUGUUCUCAUGCAUUUUAGUCUGAAAGGCUUUUUGCUGUAAACACAUCAAAGAUAAAGUUUGUUUUUCAGACUUAAUUUUUCCAGGGUUAUUCAGAAACAAAUGCAAUUCUCUUUCUGUGUGAGAAUGCUGGUGUCAGUUGGCAUAUAUUUAUGGCCAGAUGAAGGAAGUUUGCUUUGAACCUGUUCUGGUUUUUUGGUGUCUCCUAGAAAGGUCACUCUGGGGCAUCAUUUAUGUCUUGCGCUUUCAGUGUCUUUUCAACAGUUCAGGAGGCAUAACCCCAAAGAGUUGUUUACUGCUCUCAGUGCCAUGUGAGUUGGUGGCCCUGGAUGCCACCUGUGCCCCCUGUUGCUGGUGGUGGCUUUAGGAGGCAUGGGCUGCAUAUGCAUUCAGUCCAGCCAAACAAUCCACAUGUUUGCUUAACUUCAGCCACAUCCAUGUAUGCUCAAGGGCUCUGCUGAAGUGGAAUGGAGGAGAGCAAUGGUGAAAAGUAGCAGGCACUUUUACACCCAAACCUGCUCUUUGCACAUGGGGAGAAUUACAGGUCUCUGUGAGUGUGGAAAUGUGUGAGCUUGGGAGCUUGUUGCUCCUGAGUGAAUGUAUGAAUGCCUUCCUUGUCUGGCAGCCAAUCUGUCCUUCUUGUGCACUACCUGUAAUAUCUAAUGCUUAAUUCUUUUUGAUGAGGCAGCCAAGCUGUUACACUCAUAGUUACUAAAAUGAAGUUAUUAGCUGUAAUGCUGACUAAGAGAGGUGGAAAUUAUAAUUUCUAUUGAUUCCCUUUCUUUCACACCUUUUAGAGACUAAAUGUGUUUUUUGUGCACAUGUAAUAAUAUAGCAGUCACUUUCCUUGGGCAAUUUCUAAUUUUUAUUCAAUUUUUGCUACUGCUUAAAAUGUAUAUUUUUGUAUUUAUGCUCAUCUAUAAUGUUGUUCACAAAGAAAAUUUUGCAUAGUAGCAUGGGAAAAGGCCUGAACUUCCUGAACUGGGGGUGCCUUCUAAUACAAAUGUAUAGGUUUUAACUGCAGAACAGUUUAGAUGGGGUUAUUUGUCGUACUUCACCUGUUUUUGGAAUUUACAAUGUUUUUCACAAAUUUGAAGUUCUGUCCUCUUUCUCAGGCAGAGCUUAGGCCUGGUUUUUCAUGGUCAUUCAUGCUUUUCACUUGCCCUUGGUGUGUUUUGGAUUUAGCCUUUUGAGUAGUUAAUUAGUGCCUGAUCAGUGUUGUGCUGCUCUGACCUACAUGAAGUAAUGUAUUUAUUGAAGCCAAAAACACUGCUUAGUCAGUAGGAUGCAGAAUCUCACCCUAUGUAAGCCAUUCACUUGGUUACAUGGGUCCAAUGCUAAGAGAAACAAAGAUACAGACUUAGACACAUCUCUGCAUCUCAAAAACCUUUAUUCAUUUAUGGGAGCCUAAAUUGAACUGUGCCAAGUUAAGAUCUGGAAAAAUGUCUCAUCUAAGCUGGGAUGUGUUUUGCUGUGGGUUUGAUUUUCUUAUGACCUAUGAAAGUUGGUCUUCUCUUUCUUUGAGAACAGCAGACUUGACAUGUCAUUUGCCUUCCUUUAAUAUAAUUUCAGAAACCCAAAGCUCACAUGCUUCCAGGUUUUUCUAUACAUAGGGCUUCUAAUAGGGACCUGAUUAAUGAUAGGAUAAAGGGUCUUAUUUUCUAGACAAGAUGUACUGGAGAUAAACUUCUCUUUUGCAGUAGAUAACAGGAAUAAAUUAGUUCUGUUUUGCAUGCAGUCCAAUCUUCCUGAAAAUCCUCCAAGAAAAAUGGAUUUAAACUGCUUAGUUGAGUUUUGGACAGCACAGCUUUUACUAGUAUUCCCUUACAUUUGUUUCUGAGACAAACAACACAUGUUUUUAAAUUACUUUUGGCUGCUUUGCACACUAUAUUAAGAAUCAUCAGUCAUAAUGCACCAUGUCAGGGAAAUUGUUGGAGUCAGUGAAUAAACAUCCUCUUUUAUUUCACUUUAUUUUAUACAGCAGGCAUAUUAUUGUAGGCAUCCAAAUCUGCAUCUGUAUCAAGCUAUUUUAAAGGAACCGUGUAAGUUCCUUUAAACAAAUGCUUACACCAGGUGGCCUUUAACAUUUCUGCAUCAGUGCCUUCAGUCACUUUGCAGUAGUGGCUGGUGCUUUGAAUGAAUUGCAGAGGAUAAAAUUUCUACUUUGUGGGCAGUGAAUGGAACAGCAGAAAUGCAAUAUUGUUCGGCAUAGUGACUUUUUUUGUUUUCCUCAUUGUUGUGUGGGAACCUUUACACUAAUGCUCAGCAUAUAUAUUAUCCCCAUUGUUGUGUAAUAUCCAUUUUGGAUGUUAAGGGUGUCGUGCUCCCACUGAAAGUGAUAGGAAAUCUUGUAGCAAAAAGUCUUUUGGAUCUCUUUAGCAAUAAGGUCUAUAAGGAGCUUUCAGGAGUAAUGCUAAAAGCAUUAAUGAAAAGCUAUUUUGUGAUGGAGUCUUAAUGUUAUAUUAUGUGAACAUUUCUGCUGUUCAUUGAAAUCUGAAUGCAUGCUGGUACUUCCCAUGCUCUUUUCACCCACCGAGUGUGAAUGGACAUGGUCUGUCUAGAGGCCUUAAUAUGCUAUUGAAUCAGUAAGAGAUAUUUAUUUAGGAUUGAGUCUAAAACAAAACUGUAAUGCAUUUUAAAGGUGUUCUCCCCAAAUUCUGCCUCUGCUGUCAUCCAUCAUCUUAGCUGAGGGUUUCUCUACAGGUUUCAAUGUGGGAGUCACUUAGAGAUCUUCUAUACUAAAUUCUGCUGUACAGAAUGUUUGGUUCCCAGCAUGGCAGCUCCAUAAAAUUGUUUAUAUUGGAAAAGACCUUUAAAAUCAUUGAGUCCAACCAUUAAGCCAGCUUUGCCAAGUCCACCACUAGACCGUGUCUGCAAGUGCCACACCUAAACUCUUUGUAAAUACCCCCAGGGAUGGUGACACCACUCCUUCCAUUGGCAGCCUGUUCUGAUACUUAACAGUGAAGAAAUUUUUCCCAAUAUUCAAGCUAAACAUCCCCUGGCACAACUUGUAUCAAACACAAGCAGUGCAGAUAUUCCCAGUUAGCUUCCAUAUCAUGUGCUCCUGUUCACUUCACAAGCAGGAGCUUGUGGCUUGUGCACAUCAGUGGCACAUGCUAAAAGGGGGAGGCGGCCAGACGGGUGCAGGAGAAACAUGAGAGCCAUAUCCAGUGUUCACAGAAUCAUAGAAGGUGAAGGAGUUGGAAUGGACCUUAUGGAUCAUUUUGUCUCAACCUCCCUUGCCAUAGACAGGGACUCCUCCCACUAGAUCAGGUUUCUCAAUACCUUACCCAGCCUGGCAUUGAACGCUGCCAGGGUUGGGGCAUCCACAGCCCCCCUGGGCAACCUGUUCCAGUGUCUCAUUAACCUCACAGUAAAAAACUCCUGAAUAUCUAUUCUAAGUUUCCCUUCUUUCAGUUGGAACUCAUUACUCCUUGCCCUGUUAGUACAGCUCCUGGCAGAGCCCCUCUCUGGCUUCCCUGCAGGCCCCCUCCAGAAGGUUGAUGUGAGAUCUCCAGGCGAACAGUCCCAACUUUGCCAGCCUGUCUUCACAGGGGAAGUGCUUCAGUCCUCUUAUCAGCUUCAUGGCCUUCCUCUGAACUUGCUUCAACACUUCCAUGUCCUUCUUAUAUGACAGGCCUCUCUUUUGCCUUGCAAGUCACUGUUGACAAUCAAACCUAAGAUGCAAACAUUGAUUUUAUUCAGUUUUCAAAAUAUUAUCUUGGCAAUAUUUCUCUGAAUACAUUGUUCAAGUCAGUAUGAAUAUUGACAGUAUUUGAUUUUAGCUGAGUCCUGCAGAAAGCUUAUGCAUACACUGAGCUGUUACAGGCUGCAGUGUUCUGCAGUGUGCAGUGUGUGUGCAUAAACACAAGAUCAUCAUAAAGUGCCCAAACAAACAAUGCUGUGUAGGCAUUCCUUCCUAAAAACAAUGUUUUUAGGAAAGAAUAUAUUAGAAAGCAACUAGUGCCUAAUGGCAUAAUUUUUCUGUCUGAAAUGCUAAGAAAGAGGAUUCAGUUUUAAUUCUAAUGAUUCAUUUUAUUUUUGUUAUAACAUUUCUUCUUCUACUAUAAGUCCUUAUGCAGUGAACUAUCUCUAUGUGAUCUGAAGAUUUUGAAAUUAGGUGCUUAAUGAAUUUAUAAAACAUAACAGCAGUUGUUUGCUUUUCACCAUAUCAAAAUAUUUCACUUCCAUAUUGUUUUUAAUUAAUUUUAAUGUAUUUCUGUGUGUCAAAUGGAAAGGCCAUUGCUCUAUUGCUAUUCUAGGCAAUAAAAGCUGAUAGUGUGCUGUAUUAGAUUAAUCUAAUGAUUACUUUUCCUAUAGAUAGCUUACUUUCAGAUAGGUAUGAACAUUAAUUCCUUAUGUGCUGCAUUUGAGUCACCAGUACUCCAGUUUAAGAUUUAUCUUUAAAUUCAAAUAAUUAAUUUCAUUUCUUAGUAGCUACCCAAAAACUUCAUCAGCAUUGCUUAUAUCUUACAAUGUUAUAUUAUGGACUGGGCUUUUUUGUUGUGGCUUUUAAUUUUGUUAGGUUGUAUGGGAUACUAAAUACAAAGAAGAAAAUAAAAAUAUGCUUGCUCAGUGGAAGUAUAUAAGCAGGUAUAAUGUCCUACUGACUGGCACAUCUCUUCUUUUUCCUUAUCAGGCCUUAAACAAUUCGAACUAAAAUUCUUGACUGCUUUCAGACAUAUUCAUUUACCCAACUGGAUCUAAGUUAGGAUCAUCAUUCACAUUUUCACUUUUGAUCAAAUCAGAUAUCGUAGAAAAAUAAUGUUUUUAUGAGCUGUUUUGAGCAAACAGAGGUGAACUAACAUGCCAACUAUGCAAAUAGCUUCUCUCUUUUCAAGUAAUAAAGCAAAUGUUAAGGAACUAGACUGUUUCAAAGGAUCUUGAAAGAUUGUCAUUUGUUUAUUUUUCUUCAAAUAAAGUUUGCAAUAGCUAUUUUUAAAUGCUAUUAAAGAUGACUUUUAAUAAUAUAUGUCUAAUGUUUGCUUGUUUAAGAAUACAGCUACAUGUAGUAGAUCACAGUAUCUGUACAUUGCUGACCACUACCCAUCCUCAGCACUUUUUAGAGGUUUCCUCAUCUGUGUUUUAAAGCUCAGAAUUUAAUAACAUAAAUAAAAUAGUA